GAAUCAUAUGGUCAAUAAAAUUCUGUCAAAAUUGUUUUGGUGUGUGAUUAAUUGCUGGAAUUUGUGUUUUCGUGCAAAUCUCUAUUUUAAUCAACAAUGUCGAGCGGUAUUCCUGCCUGUCCAGAUUCAUUGAAACCCAUAGCACACUUUUUGAAAGUUGCACAAGAACAUGACGCCCGCGAUAUUGUCGUGGCUUACUGGUCCAGAAUCUACGCCUUACAAACUGGAUUAAAGCUGUCCACAAAGAAGCCUGAAGAAACUGCACUCUUGAUUGGACUAAUGGAUUGGCUUGAGACAACCAAAAAGGCAAAUCAAAAUAAUGAGUCCAUUACCAAUGAGGUUGUCGCCCAGGCUUACCUUGAGAACUAUGCUUUUAAACUGUUUUCCUAUGCUGAUCAGCAAGAUCGUGCUUCGAAUUUCGGAAAGAAUGUGGUCAAGGCAUUCUACACAGCUGGUAUGAUAUACGAUGUAUUGUUGACGUUCGGUGAGCCGAGUGACGAGGCUCAGAAAAAUAGCAAAUACGCCAAAUGGAAAGCAGCGUACAUUCACAAUUGCCUGAAAAAUGGUGAAACUCCGGUUCCAGGUCCAAUGGACGAAGGUAACGAAGAAGAAGACGAAGACGACGAACUGGCUAACUUAGCAAAGCCACCUCAACCGCAAGUACCUCAACCGUCAACUAGUCAAGGAGAACCUUCUUCCAGUCUACCCGAACCAGAUCAAUCUCCACCCACUAUCGGAUUCUCACCAUAUCCCAAUCCUCCAGCACCAGUUCAAACACCAGCUACUCCCCAACCGACAACACCAGACCAAUUCCAAGCAUACUCUGGAGCGGCAGUUCCUGCUGUUGCUGCAAUUACUCCAACUAACGUGCAAUUGACUGGUGACCAGAUGAUCAAAGCACAAAAGUAUUGCAAAUGGGCUGGCAGUGCUUUGACGUAUGAUGAUGUCAAGGCUGCCAUUGAAAAUCUACAGAAAGCUCUGCGCUUAUUGCAAACGGGUGAAGAUAGCGGCUAGAAGUGCUCAAUUUUUUAUAAACUUUUAAUUGGCAACAAUACAAAACUAUAACCGGCCUUUGCAAUGCUUUUUGCAGCACUCAUUUAAUAAACAAAUUUGUGGAAAAUUCGAGUUAAACAAAUUAAAAAACUAACUAAACAUAAA